AUGGUACUGGACUUGGACUUAUUUCGUAAAGACAAAGGAGGAGAUCCUGAUAAAAUUCGUGAAAACCAAGCGAAGAGAUAUAAUGAUGUUACAUUGGUGGAUAAUGUUGUUGCAGCUGAUGAAGACUGGAGAAAAUGUCGAUACGAACUGGACAAUUUGAACAAAAUGAAAAAUGUUUGCAGUAAAGCAAUUGGAGAAAAAAUGAAACGUAAAGAACCAGUUGGAGAUUGUGAUGGUUUGCCAUCUGAUAUGCCUGCAUUGACUGACAUGUCUCAGGAAUUUUUGAGUAAAUUGACAGUUGUGCAAAUCAAAAAAAUCCGUCAGCUCGUAGACGAACGAAUUGAAAAAUGUAAUGUACAAAGAGUACAUUUAGAAGAGGUUCGACUUGCUAACUUAAGGGAAAUUGCAAACCUGACACAUGAGUCUGUUCCAAUAAGCAAUGAUGAGGAUGCAGACAAUGCUGUCGAAAGAACGUUUGGUGAUUGUGGAACAAGAAAAAAGUACUCUCAUGUUGAUCUUGUAGUUAUGGUCGAUGGAUAUGAAGGGGAGAGAGGGGCAGUUGUUGCAGGAAGUCGUGGAUAUUUUCUGAAAGGUCCACUCGUUUUCCUCGAACAAGCUCUCAUAAAUCUAGCACUGAGAACAUUGUCAGAUAAAGGUUAUACUCCUUUGUAUACACCGUUUUUUAUGAGAAAAGAAAUGAUGCAAGAAGUUGCACAACUCAGUCAAUUUGAUGAAGAGUUAUACAAGGUUGUUGGAAAAUCCAGUGAUAAGUCAGAUGAAGGUGGUGUGGAUGAAAAAUAUUUGAUUGCAACAAGUGAACAACCUAUUGCGGCAUUCCAUAGAGAUGAAUGGUUGAAACGUGAAGACUUGCCCAUUAAAUAUGCUGGAUAUUCAACAUGUUUUAGACAGGAAGCAGGAUCACAUGGCCGUGAUACGAGAGGAAUCUUUCGUGUUCACCAGUUUGAGAAGAUCGAACAAUUUGUUUUUUCUGCUCCUGAUGCAUCCUGGGAAGCAUUCGAUGAGAUGAUUGGUACUGCAGAAGAAUUUUAUAAGAAAUUGAACAUCCCAUACCGAAUUAUAAAUAUUGUCUCCGGGGCACUGAACAAUGCAGCAGCAAAAAAGUUUGACUUAGAAGCCUGGUUUCCCGCAUCUGGGGCAUUCAGAGAACUUGUCUCAUGUUCAAACUGCCUUGAUUAUCAGGCAAGAAGAUUGAGAAUAAGAUUCGGACAGACUAAAAAGAUGAUGGAAAAGACUGAAUUUGUUCACAUGUUGAAUGCAACGAUGUGCGCAACUACUCGUGUUAUAUGCGCUAUUUUGGAGAAUUUUCAAACAGAUGAAGGGGUUGUGAUUCCUGAAGCUUUGCGUCCUUUCAUGCCUGAUCGCUACAAAGAAAUAAUCAAGUUCACAAAACCAGCGCCAAUUGAUGAAGAAGAAGCGAAAAAACAAAAAAAGAAAGCUAAAAAGGAAAAUAAGGCCAAAGGAGAUGUUGCUGAUGAAGUUAAAAACCUCAGUGUGAAAUAGAAUUAUGCCUCAAUGAAUCAGCAUCAUAUUCCUCACUGGUGGAGUUAUCCUGUUCAAGUUCCAACUUGUCAUUCCUAUUAUCAGAUCAUUUAUGAGGGUGUUAUUUAGUAUGAAAUUUAUUUGCACUAAGAAAAGAUGUUUUGCCCUCUGGUUUAUCAGGAAUGUGGAAAUUGUUAUGAUGUAACUGCCGUAUCCUACUGUUCUACUGAAUCUUUUUGUUUUGCCAUAUUUUUCAAACUAGCUCUAUUUAAAUUACCAGUCAUUGCUGUACGAGUAGUAGUCAAAAGUUGUAACUUGUAGGUAUGUGGAUUAAUGAUGAUAGUUCAAAAUAUAAAACUGUUCAGUCUUCUGCACUCUCGUUUCAAUUGACAAACAUGUUUCAGAAGGUGGUAGGGUUUCAUUGUUAAACAAACUGAUCAUGACGUCUUCAACAGGUUUGCCAACCAGUAUUUUCUGAGUUUGGGUUGAUAUUCAUUUUUUCAUUUUACCUUUCGGAAAUAUGUUCACAUGCACGCAGGUAGACUGUCUGAUAUGUAAUAAAAAAAAUUGGCACCGGGUGAAA